AUCUCCUAGCUGAAGCCACUUCUCUCUCUGAGCUCCCUCUAAAGGAGGUGUCAGGAUGAAGCUCAUAUUCGCAGCAGCCUUUGCACUCUUUGCGCUUUCUACCUUUGACCAGGUAGAUUCCUCAGCUUAUGAUAAAAUAGUGAGCCACAGCCGCAUAAGGGCAAAGAAGGAAGGGCCGAACGUGUGCGCGCUCCAGCAUGUGUUGGGAACCAAGAAGAAGUACUUUAGUACUUGCCGUAAUUGGUACCAAGGAACCAUCUGUGGGAAGAAAGCUACUGUUGUCUAUGAGUGCUGUCCAGGAUACAUGAGGCUGGACGGUGCUAAUGGCUGUCCUGCUGUUGCUCCCAUUGACAAUGUGUUUGGGACCCUCGGUCUGGUGAACGCAGUCACCACGCAGCAGUACUCGGCCUUGUCCAAACUAAAGGAUGAGAUCGAAGGACCAGGAUCUUACACCUUCUUUGCCCCCAGUAACGAAGCUUGGGAUCUUUUAGAUGCGGAAGUGAGAGGUGCUUUGGUAAGCAAUGUCAACAUUGAGCUGUACAACGCUCUUCACUACCAUAUGGCUAACAAGCGCCUUCUCACCAAAGACCUGAAGAAUGGACUCAAGGUCAAGUCUAUGUACAAUGACCUUACUCUCCACAUCAACCACUAUUCCAAUGGCGUGGUUACUGUCAACUGUGCUCGGAUCAUUCACGGUAAUCAGGUGGCCACCAACGGAGUGGUGCAUGUCAUAGAUCGUGUUAUCACUGCUGUGGGCAACACCAUUCAGGAUGUGCUGGAUAUUGAGGAAGAUCUGUCCUCUCUGAAUGCUGUAGCUUCUAAUGCUGGUCUGUUGGAGAUGGGCAAGCCUGGCCACUUCACACUGUUUGCUCCCACCAAUGAUGCCUUUUCUAAGCUGGACAAAGACGUAUUGGAUAGACUUAUGGGUAACAAAGGUGCCCUCAAAGCCCUGUUCAAUUACCACCUCUUGGACUCGGUCCAGUGCUCAGAAGCUAUCAUGAGUGGCACCGCAUAUGAGACUGUGGAGGGCAGCAACAUCGAAAUUGGCUGCGAUGGAGACAGUCUCACCGUUAAUGGUGUCAAGAUGGUGCUCAAGAAGGACAUUGUCACCAGUAAUGGAGUUAUCCACCUGAUUGAUCAGGUGCUCAUGCCAGACUCAGCUAAGCAGGUGAUGGAGCUGAUUGACCAGUCACAGUCGACGUUUGGUGAUAUGGUGUCCGAACUGGGUCUGGCAGCAGCCAUGAGACCGCAGGCCGAGUACACGCUACUGGCUCCCCUCAACGCAGCCUUCAGUGACGAGGUCUUGUCCACGGACCAGAGUCUCCUGAGAAUCAUUCUCGAAAACCACAUCCUGAAGAAGAAGAUUGUGUUGAGUCAGCUGUUUAAUGGCCAGCGUCUGGAGACUCUGGGGGGAAAGUUCCUCCGGGUGUUCGUGUACCGCACGGCUGUGUGCAUUGAGAACGCCUGUCUGAUCCGAGGAAGCAAAGAGGGACACAACGGCGCUCUCCAUCUCAUGAAGAUUCUACUCAAACCAGCUGAAUCUAACAUGUACCAAGUACUGCUUAAACGUGGAGGCUUCAAAAUCUUUUUGUCUCUGAUGGAGGCGGCCGGUCUGACUGACUUGCUGAAGCAGGAGGGAGAAUUCACACUGUUUGCUCCAAGCGAUGAGGCUCUUGCUGGACUCACUGAAAGAGAUAUCAACAUUCUGAAGAGUGAUCCCAAUGCCCUCAAAGCCAUCCUGCUCUAUCACUUCAGCAAAGGUAUUUUCAUCGGUGGAGGCUUGGAGUCCGGAGUCACUAAUCUACUAAAAUCUCUUCAAGGCACUAACCUCAAAGUCUUGUCUGGGAAAGAUGGCAUGAAGGUGAACUCCGUGCAAGUUCUCGACUCUGAUCUCAUGGCUUUAAAUGGAGUCAUUCAUGUCACCAAGAGCCUUCUGUACCCUGAAGAUGUUCCUGUUGGAAGCCAAGAAUUCCUCACACUGCUGAGACGGUUCAUCAAGUACAUUCAGAUCAAGUAUGUAGCAGGCUACAGAUUUAGGGAGAUUCCACUGACAUUCAUGAAGAGAAUCGUCAUAGUUCCCGAAGUCACUAAAGUGACCCGAGUCAUUGAGGGGCAACCGUCUGUUACUAAAGUUACACGUGUUAUCGAGGGAGCACCAAGCCUUACCAAGGUGACAAGAGUCAUCGAGGGAGAUCCAGGCAUGACUCAUGUCACUAGGGUCAUUCAGGGAGACCCGACCAUAACCAAGGUUACGAGGGUCAUCGAAGGUGACCCGUCUUUCAGAAAAUUUACAAGUAUCAUAGAAGGGGAGCCUUCUCUUACCAAAGUGACCCACGUUGUUGAAGGUCCUGAGAUCUUAUUCAGCAGCAAUGCCGAAAUGGAGCACAAUGGGCCUCAGACAAAGUUCAUUGAAAUGGAUGUUACAGAUGCUGAGAAACUUUCGCACAAGAUUCAGGAUGGAAGACGAGUGCCAGGAAAGCGUGUGCCAGUUGGAACCAGAAGUAGAACCAGGAUGUCUGUCCAACCUAAGACUCAGUGAGAUGGGAAAAACAAAUGGACCCUUCAAAUGUUUAAAAGAAAUCAGGGGUUCAAGGGAAUCAUUUGUUUCAUUAGAAAAAUUGGGCCUUUCUUAAUAAGAUACUUUUCAAUCGAAGAAAUUGUUUUCAGCAUUUGUUAUUUGUUAAUCCAGAGAGAAUUUCAAUAUCCAGUUAUCCCCGUGUAUGUACAUAUUUUUAGAGGUUUUUUUUGUUUGUUUGUUUGUGUGUGUGUGUGUGCGUGCGUGCGUGUGUGUGUUUGUAUUCAAUUUGUAAAGGGUUACAUUUGGAAAAGACCUUUACUGAAAAUUCACUCAGUUCAGUGAAAAACGACUCCCAUCUGUGUAUGUUUAACUUUUUUUUUUUUUUUUUUAGAAGCAUUCAGUUUGUUCAGAUCCGUUUCAGAGAACAUUUCCGAGUACACGCUUAACUCCUUAAACCAAGAUGGAACAUGAAUCCAGAUUUUGUUGGGUUGAGGUUUACUUCUGCAUGACCAAAGAUUUUAUGGUGCUCAUGUUCAGUAUUUGUUUCUUUUAAACAAUAAAAGUUUGCAAGAUUUUGUUAAAGGAAA